AUAUCAGAGCGCCGCGAGGCUCGAUGUAGCUGCGUGUUGCCAAAUAGGCGGAGGUGCGAAGGAAGGCUUUAUAAAUAGGUGUUCCGAAGUAAAUUCUCCUUAAUUCGGUAGGAUUGAUGUACAUAUAAGUAUGCAGCCUUACAAAGUAAUCCUUCAUAUAUGAUUUCCUCUGCAACAAAGCCUACUGAAGUCAGUGGGACUUGCUCCCUGGCACUACUGGAUCCUGGCCUACAGUUGGAGGCUCUGGUCUGGAUCAUAGAAGAUUUUUUUCCUGUGAUCCGCUGGAAAGGGAAACCAGUACUGUUGAUGGUUAAGAGAAACAAAAAGGCAGAGAAGAGCCCUUCUGCCAGGGAAAGAAGGCUACUGGCAGUGUUAUCAUGCAUCCUGCAAGGCCCUUGUCCCGGGGUGGUGCUGCUUUCCCAGUGUCUCAUGAUGGCAUUGUGCCUGAAUCUCAGCCACAGCUGCCUGUGGUUGAAAACGUCACAUACAGCAGAGGAAGGAUCGUUCCUUCACUUGGCAGAGUGCAGGGACUGCAAGAGAUACAAAAGCCACCUGGGAGUAUGCAACAGGAUCCUUGCACAUCUGCCUUAACUCUAACAUCUAUGUUCCGAGGACUUGGUUUUGCAACGCCGCUUAGCCAUCCGUUGGGACGAGGAAUUUUGGGUAGAGGGAUGGGUGAUAUGGAAAUCAAACCCAAAGUGGAGUUAACAGAUCAGGCUGGACUUUCUCAAUCAAGAGCAGGGGCAGCUGGAGACAGCAAGGUGGAAGGAAUGCUUCUAGGCCGUGGAAGAGUACUUGCCCUCAAGGAAGAUGAAACGCCCUUUGUUGCCCUUGGAAGAUCAGCCAUGUUACUUGGUAGGGCCCAUGGAAACAAUUCUGCUUUCAGUGUGGGAGCUCUGCAGUCAGCACCACUCAGAAAACCAAGUUCAGAGGUUCCUCUAGCAGUUUCUGAUGAACGGCUGGCAAGAAAAGAACCACUAGUGAAGCAAGGUUCUAAAGGUAUACCAGUCCCCUUGGCAAUUAAUGUGGUUAAAAUACACUGUCAAAAUGAAGCUGUGUACCAGUACCAUGUGACAUUCAGCCCCAAUGUGGAAUGCAAGAGUAUGCGUUUUGGAAUGUUAAAGGAGCACAAAUCAGUGACAGGAGAUGUUACUGCAUUUGAUGGUUCUAUACUUUAUUUGCCUAUCAAGCUGCCUCAGAGUGUUGAUUUGAAGUGUCAGAGGAAGACAGAUGGAGUGGAGAUCAAUAUAAAGAUUCAAAUGACUAAAAUUCUGGAGCCCAGCUCAGAUUUGUGCAUUCCGUUUUACAAUGUUAUUUUCAGGAGAGUGAUGAGGAUUUUAGAUAUGAAAGCUGUUGGGAGGAAUUUCUUUGACCCUACUAGUGCUACUGUGCUACAGCAGUAUAGGUUACAGAUUUGGCCAGGCUAUGCAGCCAGUAUACGAAAAUGUGAAGGGGGCCUCUUUCUUUUGGCAGAUGUUAUUCACAAGGUCAUUAGGAAUGAUUCUGUCCUGGAUUUCAUGCAUGCAAUAUACCAACAAAGUAAAGAGAACUUCCAGGAUGAGUGCACAAAACAACUAAUUGGCAACAUUAUAAUCACACGUUACAAUAACAAUACUUACCGUAUUGAUGAUAUUGACUGGAACAAGACGCCAAAGGACAGCUUUACCUUGUUUGAUGGGAAAGAGAUCACCUUUGUAGACUACUACAGUAAAAAUUAUGGGAUAUCAGUCAGAGAACUUGAUCAACCAUUGCUGAUUCACAGACCUGAUGAAAGAAAAAAUCCUCCUGGAAAGCUGCAGAAGGGUGAAAUCUUGCUGCUUCCAGAGCUUUCCUUCUUGACUGGAAUUCCUGAGAAGAUGAAGAAAGAUUUCAGAGUCAUGAAGGAGCUUAGCCAGCAAAUCAACUUGAGCCCUAAGCAACACUAUACAUCUCUGAGUCGGCUCAUGAAAAGAAUUGAAAUGAAUGAGGCAGCCCACAAUGAACUGGCACGGUGGGGACUUCAUUUGGACAAUGAUAUAUGUAAGACAAAAGGACGUGUUCUUCCCAUGGAAAGGAUCAACUUGAAGAAUAAUUCCUUCAUUACAUCUGAGGAGUUAAACUGGACCAAAGAGUGUACCAGAGAACCCUGUAUAUCUGCAGUCCCAGUUCGUUUCUGGGUACUGUUUUAUCCAAAACGGGCAAUAAACCAAGCACAUGAUCUAGUUAGCAUGCUGCAGAAGACCUCUGGUGCUCUUGGAAUUCAGUUAACCCCACCUGCUUGGAAAGAAGUGAAGGAUGACCGAAUCGAGUCUUAUGCCAAAGCCAUCAAAUCAGUACUGAGUACUGAGGGUACAGUACAGUUGGUAGUUUGUAUCAUCACUGGGACCAGAGAUGACUUAUAUGGGGCGAUUAAAAAGCUGUGCUGUGUACAGUCUCCAGUUCCUUCUCAGGUUAUUAAUGCUCGAACCAUCACAACCCAGCCUAACAAACUGAGGAGCAUAGCACAGAAGGUUCUGCUACAGAUCAAUUGUAAGCUGGGAGGAGAACUCUGGAGUGUAGACAUCCCUUUGAAACAAUUGAUGGUGAUUGGAAUGGAUGUGUAUCAUGACCCUAGCAGAGGGAAGCGCUCUGUGGUUGGUUUUGUAGCAAGCAUCAAUCACACUUUGACAAGGUGGUACUCAAGAGUUGUAUUCCAGAUGCCUCAUCAAGAAAUUAUAGAUAGCCUGAAAGUCUGUCUGGUGGCUGCCUUGCAGAAGUUCCAUGAGGUCAACCACUGCCUCCCUGAGAAAAUAGUGGUGUACAGAGAUGGGGUUUCAGAAGGCCAGCUGAAAAUGGUUGAAGGCUAUGAAAUUCCUCAGCUACAGAAAUGCUUUGAAGCUUUUGAGAAUUAUGAUCCUAAAAUGGUGGUGUUUGUGGUCCAGAAGAAAAUCAGUACCAACAUCUACUCAGCAGCCACUGAUCACUUCACAACUCCUGCUCCAGGCACAGUGGUAGACCACACAGUCACUAGCCGAGACUGGCUUGAUUUUUACUUGAUUGCUCACCAUGCUCGACAAGGUUGUGGCAUUCCUACUCAUUAUGUCUGUGUAAGAAAUACUGCCAAUCUCAGUCCUGACCAUAUGCAGAGGUUGACUUUCAAGCUUUGCCACAUGUACUGGAAUUGGCCAGGUACUAUCAGAGUGCCAGCCCCCUGCAAGUAUGCUCACAAGUUGGCCUUUCUGUCAGGGCAAGUUCUGCACCACGAGCCAGAUAUUGAGCUCUGUGAGAAACUCUUCUUCCUAUAGCUGCUCCAUCCAGACUGCGAGGGAUCACAGAGAGACAGUUUCUCAUCAGAGGGAGCUCCUCUGAAUUAUCCUGUGUUUAUAGCUGAUGGAUGGCAUACACUUAGCCUUUGGACAUCAGCCAUAAAUUUGGCCUAUGCAAUAAAACAUGUUUUAUUUGUAAGUAAAUCCACAAAUAAUUUUCAGUUUCAUAACUUUGUAAUUUCCACCCCAUGCAAAGCCGCACUUAGCUGCAAUUGCAAACUGCUGGCAGCCUUUGUAUCUGCUAAAACUGGGGGUUUUGGUAGGACCAAGUUGAAUAUUCUGUAUGUUUAGUUGAUAUAGGUCUUCUCUUCUCCUUCUCUUCAAAUCCAGGAUCAAAGUAGUGGCAAAUUUUAAGUUUUAAGCGAUGGCUGUAAGAUUGCAAGAUUGAAACCCUGUACAAACACCUCCCAGCUGCAUAAAAAUAUUUUUAUUUUAUUAUAAUUACUUAAAGAUUUUUAAUGGUUGUAACCAUCAUGUUCUUUUAAAUCUUUUUCAUUUUUUCCGCUUUUGUUAAAAGUAGUAGUUUCUGUUAGGUUGGAAUAAAACCAUACUUUAAGAUGCA